AAGAAUCUGCCAAUCGCUUCUCAGUCAUUAAAUACAGAAAACUGAGAAAAGCAAAGUUUAUGACUUACUUUAUUUCUCUGAUGUUAUAAAGGUGUCACGGAACCGAAGAAGAGCUUACCAGGAGCGUGCGCAACCGAACUCAAGGAAAAAGGCGGUAUUAAGGAACCCAGAUGAUCAACUCAAUAACCGUUAAUGGAAUCCAUAAGCCAAAGAGCCAAGAUGAUAAGCUCGCAAUGCUAGACACUGGAUAUAUCACGAAUGUGAGUGGACUAUCGAUACAAUUGAAAAUUGAAAUGCUAACUGCAACGCUGCGUUCUCUUGGCUAUCAGUAUCAGUCAUCAGGCGUACGCGUUUAUCGCGCUGAAGACAGCGCAAACGUAAAAAAUGAAAUUGUUUAUGUCCAACUUCGAGACCUAUGCACAGAAUGGCGUUCAGAACGAAAAAUGAAGACUCAGAUUAUAUACAUCAGUUUGUAGGAAAAUGGAAAUGUGUAGUAUAGGCAUUUUAGCUUUCUUUCAUAGCCAGUGUGAUACAACAGUAUACAUUAAAUUCAAUAGAGAUUGUUUAUGAAUUUCUGAUGA